GGCGACGUACCUCCUGCAUCGGGACAAGGAGGGGGAUGGUGAAGUAGUGAGAGUGAAAGUGGGAUGCUGGGUGCUGAUAAUGAGUGUGCUGCAUUGAUUCAAGGUAUGAUUUCCAAUGCCCAUUCAUUAGAAAAGCUGGAAUUCAUGCCGCCUUUUGAGUGCAUGGGAAGUGAAGGUUGUCAAGUAAUGUCUGUCAACAUGGUCCACGCUCUGCUGGCUAGUGAGAGCCUACAGUCUUGCAAGCUUUGGUGGGUUCCGGACAUGGCACUCACCACUUUAGCCAAAAGCCUUGCAUCUAUGGACAUAGGCUUUGAUGGUGGCACUCCUGCAGAACCGUUGGUCACACCCCUGAAAAUGAAAAGUGGGCUACAAGGGCAGGGAGUGCGAAGAAGAUCUCAACUCAAAGAUGUGAGCCUCAUCAACAAAAAGCUUAGCCAGGAAGCAACAACUGCCCUUGCAGCCAUGCUGGCAGCAAACAACACUCUUAAGAAACUGCGCAUUGAUUUUGACGUCUUCGACACUUAUGAGGCAGCUCAGGCAGACAUGAAAACGAUUGUGAAAGGGUUGCAGAGUAAUGUUUGUCUUGAAAAGCUCGAUUUGCGAUUUGACAAUAUUAUUGAAAAAAAUAUGACACUCCCAUCUGAAUUGAGGGCAGAGAUGCUCUCUGCCUUGGAGUCCAAUAAGACACUUCAGGAGCUUGCUUUCAAUCGGAGAUCUGACAGAGUUAUUGAUCGUAAGUUGUCAAGAAACAAGACUGAACGGCGGUUGCUGGAGGCUGGUGGAGGCUUGGAACGCACUACCAGCAGCCACAUCAGAUGCUUUUUGGCGGGUGAACCUCAUGUGGGUAAGUCGACCUUGAAGGAUUCCAUUUGCCGUGGAACAUUGGAGUACUGCAUAGACAAGAUGAAGCAGAUGACACCUGGUGAUCGGCCUGCCAAACCUCGAACGAAGGGCAUUGAGAUGGUCCAUGUCGCAUCGAAAGGGGUCAACAUCCAGUUCUGGGACUUGGGUGGACAACCUGAGUACCACACCAUGCAUGAUCUGUUCAUGCCAACUCUAGGAGAGGACAUGGCAGUUCCACCCAUCUUCUUGCUUCUAUUUAAUCCGGUACUAAUCGAAUGCGAGCAAGUAAUCACUGGUAACUCAUUGAAAAGUGGAAACAGCUUGGCUGCUGAAGUUGAGAAGAGACAGUGGGAUGAACUUCUUCAACGACUGAGGUACUGGCUGAGAUUCAUCGCGACAAACUGCAAAGCCGAAAGGAAGCCUUGUGUGAUUCCAGUAUGCAAUCCCCACUUGACUCAGAAGCAAAAGUUGUAUGAUUGUUACCCUCGUACUGGUAAGGUGGUCCGCCGGAUAUCUCAGGAGUUUCAAGAGACACUUGAUAUUACGGACAAGGUAAUCCUUAUCGAUGCCAGAAAGAAUGGUGAUGCAAAAAGGGUCCAGAAGUUAUUGUUCAGUAAGGCCAAGGAUCUUCUCCACAACACCAAUGUGCUGCAAAUCAUGGAGAGAGUGCAAACGUUGGUGGUGAAGUCCAGUGGAUCAAGGAUUUCCCUUAUGACUUGGACCAAGUUUCGUGGACUCUGCUGGCCAGGAGAUAUUGCAAGAGAGUAUCAGGAGAGAAGUCCCAGUGGAGCAGAAUUAUCGGGACCUUGUAAGACUGCGUUGGAUGGCAAUCUCCUCCUGAAAGUCAUGGUGAGCUAUCUCCAUGACAUCKGGCAAGUUAUUUGGUUUGAGYCRAUGCCAUUYGUAAUUACGAACCCCCAGUGGUUCUGUUGCAGUUUCGUUGGUGAGCUCAUCCCAACAGAAUUUCAUGCCAGUGGAGUCUUCAAUGGGAUCGCUGAUGUGAAACUUUUGGAACGCGUGUUCUCAGAAGCUGUUCCGGGGAAAUGCGAGGUUACUGUGCAGGAUGUAGUAAAUCUGAUGUUGAAAAUGGAGCUUGCCUAUAAGGUCUGUGACGAUCCCAAGAGCAGCCUGUUGAUACCAUCAUGCCUUCCUGAUCGUCAAGAUGGGGACAUGAUUAGUUGGAAAGUGGACAGGAAAAAUGGGCAUGAACAGGAAGGCCACUUUUUUGGCUAUCGGAUUGAAUGUAAAGACAAGACGCAGACAAUGUUGACUGCAGGAUUCUUCCAUCGACUGCAGGUGCRCUUCCAUGAGAAAUUCCACGACAAGGGUGUUUACAACUGCCAGAAGGACCUCUCUUACAUAUUUUACAAUGGCUAUGAGAUCUAUGUGGAGUUCGGGGGAAUCCAUGACGAUUGGAUUGACGUCUUGGUAUCAUCCCCCGAUGUUUCUGUUGCAGAAGCAGCUGAAUGGGUUCAUAGGAACAUUUUGAUAGCCAUCAACCAACUUUGCAGUGAGCCGACUGGUCUCCCAGGUGUGGAUCUGGUGACGAAAAUUGUGCGCCCACGCUGUUUGACAACAUGUCCAAUUGUUCAGCGGAGGUGUCGGCGUGGCGAUCAGACUGUCACAGAAGAAACGGUGAUCGAGCGGAUGGAGAUGGAGGAAAAUAAUUACAAUCAUUCAUGGCCUGCCAUUUGGGAUGAGCAGGGCAAGGAAAUUGUUCCACCAUCUUGCGACAAUGCGACGGCGUUAAUCAGACCGAAAACACUGGAGUGUCACCUGUCCGUUCAGAAGCGUGAGCUGCACAGAGUUUGUGAGAGCUUCAAUGUAGUUGAAGGGAGCUCAGGACAAAGACCGCAACAAUUUGGUUGCGAAAACAGCACUGGCAGGUUCGGGGAUUGCUCUGAGGCACCACUUGAAUGUGACCAGCCCACAGGCAAUGUUCAACCGGUGGGUGAUCCGGUGACAAGCACUAUACAUGAUCUUGCUGUAAAAUCUGACCAAAUCCUCUGGCACACGUCUGGUCGCGAAAACAGCACUGGCAGCUUCGGUGGUCGUUCUGAGGCACCAGUUGGAUGUGAACAGCCUCCAAGAUAUGCUCAAGAGUUGGCUGACUUGAUGACGAGGGGUUUUCACAAUGUGUGUAGAAAAGUUGACCGAAACUUUCGGUCCAUCAGCAAGAUGAAAGAAGUGGUGAACAUUCAGAGGGAAGAGCAAAGAAAUGCAUUUGCAAGAGUCUGCAGUGCUCUGUCUAGCAUAUCUGUUUUUGCCACUGAGCAGCACAGUCAUCGCCUACCUCAUCGCGUUUUGAUCACUGAGAGGACACCUGGCUCUUGCCAGAAACUGAGUUUCCUGAUUGGCUUGAAGCCAGUGGAGCUGCAUCUCAUGUGCGAAUCCCGAGACUGCUGCCAUGCUGUGCAUGGCCAGAAGGGGAAGAAGUUGCAUCUUCCGAAAGAGGAAAGUCGGCAUGCGUGGAMUCUCUUCAAGUGGACAAUUCUUGCUGUGACUGUGCUGUUGAAAACCGGCUGUGCAAUUUCCAUGGGGAUCCAUCAGCUUGUGCCAGACUUGGGUGGCGUGGCCAACUGGACAAGCUUUGUGAUUGGAGCAAUGGGUAAUGCUGGUCUGGACUUUGUAGACCUGGAAGACCUCAAGCGGAGAAUGAAUAACGUUGGAAAGGAUAUGUUCAAGGAUGAUGGUCCGGAAGAUGCCGUGAAGCGUCCGAAAGCGAUGGACUGGCUGGAGGGAAUCCUGGAAGGCGGGGCAAGCGAGGYACGGGAAAGAUUUGAUCUUAGCAGGGUGAAGUACAAAGACACAGGCUCAGUAGCGUGGAUAUGCAGCUCCUGUCUCAAGAACAGCCAACCGUUUGUGGAGGAAUUUUAGGUGCAGCUAUGCGACUAAACUGGCACAUGAGCCAUGUAUUCAGGAAGAGCCGGCUGUUUAUGCAGCUCCUGUCUCAAGAAGAUUCAGUGCUCGAUGCUGCUUUACUAUAAUGGUGUUGUAUUGCGUAGACGAUAGAAUAGGUGGUCAUGCCUGCAGGUUGAGAGGCCAACCUGAACUCAGAACUUUCCUGCUGUUGCUGUGUUCAUUACUAGGACCUCAGCAGCAGACUCUGAAGGUUUUUCAUCAUCGAAGAGACUUUAAACUUUGACUGUUCUCGGUCGGAUGUGAGCAUUGCUUUGCGGUUUCUGCUACUACUCUGGUCACCAUAUACAUGCUGGUUAAGAGGGUUCAUAGAGCUUGUGAUUUGAGUUUCCUUGUGCAGAUUCCUUGCAGUCUGGUAUUGGGCCCGUUUCCUACAAGAGGCUACCUACCGUCUUCACCCGAAUAGAACGCCCGGUCAUUACAGCUGAAUUUCGUGCAACUUUCAAUCUUGAUACAGUGAUAAAGACCAGGCGUUCUAUUCGGGUGAAGACGGUAGUGGUGCGAGAAGCAGGGCUGAGCAGAACACCGUUGAGAGGCAGAUUGGUUGACGUUUUGCCAUAGAGAUCCUCUGCUGGGAUUGAGAGCAUAGGGGAGGAAGAGUGAAGAAGGAUGUAUGGCAUCCAAUGAAGGCGACCUAUGGUGAUUGCCGCUCUUGAUGUGGUGGUACUUGACUCAGUAUCACUCGGUUUUGCAAAUUGGCUCGAUGUACUACCUCAGCGUUGACAGAUGAUGUCGUCAAUGACAGGUGUGAGUUGGCAAGCACUAAUAGUUAUUCAAAGCUGCAUAUUAUCUGUCUAAUUCUCUUCUUAGCAUGAGGUUGACCGAACCGCUUGAGAGUCAUUUUGAUUGGGAGGUGCACGUGGCAUUCAACAUUGAGAGUCGUCUCAAUUGUGAUGGUUUUGGAGGGAGAUGGGCUGCAUACGGGAAGGUGGAGCACAUGAUGUGGGAGUGGUACACGCAUGCAUGCGCUGAACACGCCAGCAGCUGAAGGAUGCACAUCACCCGUUACCGAACUGCUUGAGAGUCGUUUUGACUGGGAGGUGCAAAUGGCGUUCAUCUCUUGAGAGUCGUCUCACUUCGGAUGUUUUUGGUGGGAGAUGGGCUGUGCAUGGGAAGGUGGAAUACAUGAUGUGGGAGUGUUACACGCAUGCAUGCGCUAAAAACACGCCAGCAGCUGAAGGAUGCACAUCAUGCGUUCACUGCAGUAGUUGCUAGGGACAUGAGUAGCCUCCGAAACGCACACGUUGGCGCGUAUGGCAUGGUGAGUCGUUAAACUGCCUGAGAAAUUAUCUGGUCACCUAUCAACAAUUCACAAGAUACAAUGUUGUGGGUGAUGGAGUUUCCUUCAUUCGAGUGGGAUGAAGAUAACCAGCGGCUGAAGAAUGCACACUCUGUUCACAGCAGCAGUUGCUGAGGACACGAGUAACCUCCGGAGCACACAUGCUCUCGCAUAUGACAUGGUGUAAAAUGGGGUGGAGAUUGGCGGAAGAAGUCCGUAAAUCUGCAAGCAAGAGGUUCAAGAGAAGAUCUUUGAGGCCAUAAGCGGAGGAAGAGUUCGAGUUACCUCUGGAUGCGCUCGACCUCGGUGCGCCAUUCCAUGGACGCAUUGCAUCUGUGCUGGACCACAUGGUGAUGGUAUUCGUGAUGCUCUUUCCAGCACAGCCAUCAAUCUGGGGUGCCAUUGCGCUCUCGAAAACAAGACAAGCUCAGUUCGCAAUGAGAAAG